UGCUGCACCUGUUGAGGUAAAAGUCUGUUCCUCCUGCCGGAAACUUUGACGGCUCACCUGGUCUACCUGGACCCACCGAWCCGCGGACUGCUGGGGAGGUUCUGGACGUUCUGCGGCGGUUCUGUAAGGAGACCGGGUUAAUGGAUAAACUGAAGCAGGUUCUGGGCGGACAGGACGGCGGCGGCGGCAGCUCGGAUGGGAGCGGCAUACUGGAGAGAGCCAAUCAGGCGUCCACUCUGGCCUGGGGGACCCGGAUGAAGGGCUUCCUCAUCUGCUUCAUACUGGGGGCCGUCUGCUCCAUACUGGCCACCUGCCUGCUGUGGAUCCCAGGGUUUGGACUUCCUGUGUUUGCUGUCCUCUACACCGUAGGAAACCUCUGCGCUCUGGCCAGCACCAUGUUCCUUAUUGGUCCRUUACGGCAGUUGAAGAACAUGUGUGCUAAGGUCCGAGCCCUGGCCACCACCAUCAUGCUGGUCUGCCUGGUUCUGACUCUGUGYGCUGCGUUCUGGUGGAAGAACAACGGCUUGGCGCUGCUGUUCUGUGUGCUGCAGUUUCUGGCCUUCACCUGGUACGGCCUGUCUUACAUCCCAUUCGCCAGGGAUGCUGUCACCAAGCUGUUCUCCCUCUGCAUGUAGAGCCACCAGUCAGGACGCAGGAUGCCAGAGUGUGUAUCCAAUCAGGAAUCAGGGUCUUUAUUUAUUAAUACCUUUUUAUUUAAUUUUCCAUUUUAACGUCAAAUAAAGCAGCUUUAGUUUUCACAUUUCACAUUCAGGCUUUUAGAAAUUAAACACUACAGGACAGCCAAAGAACCGUUUGAGUAAAAAUAUGAAUCAAAUCAAAAUAAAAAAUAAAAUUUAUUUAAAACUACGGUGGAGUUUUAGGGCCAGACUAAGAGGAUUUAUUAGUUACAAGAAUAUAAGAAUAAAAAUGUAACGUUAACAGAAGAAAGUCGCAGAAUUACAAGAAAAAUCUUUUUUCAAUAAAAAAAGACGUUAUUCUUGUACUAUUAUGACUUUAUUCUCAUGCUAUUAUGAUGUCACUUCACUCUCAUAAUUUUGAUAAACUAAAUUCUUUUAGUCUGACCCUAAUUCUACAUUGUAAAAAAUAAAUAAAYGUGUUACAUUUUAAAGCAUUUAGGUCACAUUUCUGCUGUUGCAGCUUUUUUAUCAGUAGCUUGUCCUUUGACACAAUUAAACAUUUCAACAUUUGAUUAGAACCUGAUUGAUUCAUGAAAAAAAAACACAAACCUGAUGAAAAUCUUUUGGUAUCUGCCUGCGUUCAGUCACCUAACGAACGAAGCUUCAGCUGUUUUUUAAUACUUAAUCGUCUGAUCAGAAAACAUUUCAGAUUUGCUAAUUAUUCAGAGUUUGUAUUAUAAUCAUAACUUCAGUGUCUGGAUGUGAACCUGUUAUUAUUGUGUUACUGUAACAAGUUCAGUUGGUCCUGAAUGGUCAAAUCUGCCCAAAUUUCUAAGGACAGUUCACAAAGGUUUUUAUUUAUGGAACAACAUAAAGGUCAGAAAAGUGAAAUAAACAAAAAAACAAAAACAUGAAA